AUGGAGGACGGAUGGUGCCUGACCGAGUCGGACCCGCAGGUGUUCUCGGAGCUCCUGCGGCAGCUGGGCGUGAAGGGUUUGCAAGUUGACGACCUCUACUCUCUCGACGCCGAGACGCUCGCGCCGCUGCAGCCGAUCUACGCGCUGAUUUUCUUGUUCAAGUAUGUCGGCGGCGGGGCCGAGGACCGCGCCGGCGUGCAGGUCGAUGCGCUCGAUAGCGGGGUGUGGUUUGCGAACCAGACACCCGGACGAGACGAGCUCAGGACUCACGAGACGCCGCUCGCUUCGCUCGCCGCUCGCCGCUCGCCGGCCAUCGCUGACACCCAGGUCAUCAACAACUCGUGCGGCACGAUCGCUGCUCUGAACGCCGUCAUGAACGUGGACGCGCCCGGCGUCGAGAUUGGAUCUGAGCUGGGCAACCUGAAAGAGUUUGGCGCGGGCAUGGGCUCGAUGGACCUGGGACACGUCGUCGCCUCCUCCGACCAGAUCCGCGAAGUGCACAACUCCUUCUCCAAGACGUCCCCUUUCUCGCUCGACCCAAGCGCAGUCCCGGACGAAGCGAAGGAGGACGCGUACCACUUCAUCACGUAUCUGCCCGUGCACGGGCUGCUGUACGAGCUGGACGGCCUGCAAGCGUCGCCGAUAAUGCACGCGCCCGUCGACGAGGGCGAGAACUGGCUCGACGCGGCGCGCGAGACGAUCCAGGCCCGCAUCGAAACGUAUCCCCCCGGAAGCGUCAUGUUCAACCUCCUCGCCGUGCGCGCCGAUCCUGUCCCGAGACUCAGGGCCGAGUUGGCCCAGCCGGACCUGAGUGAGGGGAGGAAGUACGAGAUCCAGGAACAGCUGCAGCACGAGGAGAGCAAGAGGGCCAGAGGGGCUAUGGAGAAUAGUCUCAGGAGACACAAUAUCCUCCCCGUCGUACUUGAACUCUUCAAGGCGUUUGCGGAGAGUGAAGACGCCGAGGGGAGGGAGAGGACGAUUGAUGCGGCUAGGGAGAAGGGCAGGAAGAGGAGGGAGGCGAACAAGGACGAGUAG